CCCUCAUGAAAUGUGAUGGUGUAUUUGAUUAUUCCGCACACCAUCAUUACACUGUAGUCUUGCAUAACAAUCAUGACAGCUAAACGGGUUUAAGACGCGUAGCAGACUCAAGAACUACUCUAUGUAAGAUGAACGCCGAGGACAAGUUGGAGGGCAUGCUGCUGAAGUGCAGCAGCGGUGGCAUAGACGGAGGAGGGCGAGUCGGGCUGGGCACCGGAGGAGGACUGGUGGUGAUGACCCUGGGGGAACGGUCGCUGGCAAACCACCCUCUGCUGGCCGAGGAUGACGACGACGAAGACGACGACGAGGACUUGACCGGGAGCUCGCUGGUCACGCACGACCUGGUCCCUCCAGAGCAGCUGAUGAUGCAGGAGGAGAUGACAAAGAACGGUAGAGGAGGAGAAGAGGAAGGAGGCGAGCUGAGCAUCAAGCAGGAACUGAAGCUGUCUGAGGCGGCGGUCCAGGCAAAGAAGGACAAAAAAGGAGUGAAGGACCUGAUGGUGUGUCCCAAGAAGAAAAAAAGGAAGCAGCGUUCACCAGCAAAGAUUCUCAACAUCAAUGAUGAUGGAUCAUUGGGUAUACAAAACCCCAAGUGUCACGUCUGUGCUCACUGUAAUGCUGCAUUCAGGACCAACUACCAUCUACAGAGGCAUGUCUUCAUUCACACUGGUGAGAAGCCAUUUCAGUGCAGCCAGUGUGAUAUGCGCUUCAUUCAGAAAUAUCUCCUUCAGAGACAUGAGAAGAUCCACACUGGUGAAAAGCCUUUUCGCUGUGAUGAGUGUGGGAUGAGGUUCAUCCAGAAGUACCACAUGGAGAGACACAAGAGAACUCACAGUGGAGAGAAGCCCUACCAAUGUGACUACUGUCACCAGUACUUCUCCAGAACAGACCGGGUUUUAAAGCACAGAAGAAUGUGUCACGAGAACAGAGAGAGAAAGACCAGCAAAGCAGCUGGUAAAGUUGGGCCUUUGCGUGAAGCAGAUUCUUUGGGCCUCCCCUUUCUUGCCAAAGAGUGUUCACUGCCCAAGAAGAAGCGUCAGAAGUGUGCCGACAAGAGUUCGGGCUCUUCCACCGCUGUCCAGACAGAUGGGCACACUGCCGCUGUUGUUGAAACGGAGGAGAAGGAGGAGCAGAGACAAAAUAAAAUUGAAGGUCUACCUCUCUACGCUGUGUCCUCCAAAGUCAAACACGAGUACGUGAUUGCAGAUUAUUCUGUGGAGCUCCCUGAAGAAACGGCUAGCCAACACCAAGAGGGAGAUGUGUCAUCAGGAGAGACGACUCCUCCCAAACUAGUCCUGAAAAAAGUCCCCAAGAGGAGUCUUAAACAGUCCAGUGAACAAACACCCCCCUGCCUGUCCACUUUGUCUUCCUUUGAAGAAAAUACAAAGGUCACGCAGUACACCUUUGAAAUCGUGGACAAGCAAGGCCUUUUAGAAGUAGAAAGCAACACUGAACUCGAGUCAGUUGAAACUCUUCAAGGAGGACCAACAAAGCCAGCAGCUAGCAGCACAAACUAUGACGACGCCAUGCAGUUUCUCAAGAAAAAGCGUUACCUCCAGGCUGCAAUGGCCAACAACAGUCGGGAUUACGGCCUGAACACGAGCAGCAUUUCUUCUCAGCCGCCUGUUACACAAACUGUGGUGUCUGCCGUCAUUGACGAGACAGUGCCCGCCACCAUCCUGGAGCCCCAGCCCCUCAACACAGAGAUUAAAGCAACACAUGACAAGAGUGUGUUGCCCGAUGAGGUUCUUCAGACGCUGUUGGACCAUUACUCCCACAAAGCCAACGGGCAAUCAGACAUUUCCUUCAGCGUGGCUGAUACAGAGGUGACGUCAAGCAUAUCCAUUAAUUCCUCUGAUGUUUCAGACAGCAGCCCUGUGGAGAGUCUCGGAGCCUCCAGUGCCCAGGCUCAGCCAGCCACAGAGAAGGUCAGCCUCUUGCAAGAAUACUCCAAGUUUCUCCAGCAAGCAUUGGAGAGGACCAGCCAGAACGACAGCUACCUGACCAGCCAGAGCCUCAGCUUGGUCUCCGAAAACCCCACCUUAGCUGGACAACCUCUAUUCUCCACCGAGAAACAGUUUCCUUCCCCCAGCAGGUUCAAAUCAGGGAUGAGCUCCCCGCUAAGGUCCACUUUAGAGAAACCUCACUUUGGAUUACUGGUCGGGGACUCCCAGCACUCAUUUUCAUUUUCAGGUGAUGAGACCACCCCUCCCUCCGCUGUGUCCCCAGCCGAGGAGGACUUUCUGGAGCAGGUCUCGCCCUCCAAAAAGACAGAUUCUUCACAAGGCAUACUGCAGACUUUUCAAAUAAGCUCCUUCGAUCAGAACUUCAAAUCUCAUUUCCAGACGUCAAGAUCUGGAUCCUCCUCACAGUUUACGGUUGCCAAUGGACAAUUAAGUCUUCGAGGACACAGCACAGACUUCUCAGAGUUCCCCUUAGUCAGAGUCACUGAGACCAGGUCUCAACUGAACUCCUCCCCUGAUGUUUCAUCCAGUGAAACCUUUGGCUGAAGGGACAGCUGAAGAAUUCAUUUCUGUUCAUAAUUUCAGCGGCACUUUAUCUCAUGUCUCUUGAUUUGCCAAAAUGAGUCCCAUUGCAACUGUGUGCUCUUUUUCAAACCAUGUUAUGAUCAUAUUAAUGUUUUUUUUUUUGUUGAGUGUAACCUCAAAGAAUGGAAAUACUGAAAAAUGAUAAAUCAGAAUUAGCACUUCCCCUUAAAAAAAAAAAAAAAAGAUAAUUGUACAUGGGUAUAUUUCUUGCUCCAGAAUGUACAUUGAGAGAUUAAGUGACCAAAGGGUAAUGCAAGAGAUAGACUGAAAUUUAUUCUCUCAUACCAUUGCCACAGUGUUUAUGUCUAAUGUUUUGUCAAUCAGUUUGCCUUGCUCAAAAAAGAUAAAGUCACUCUUGCUGCAGAAUGCAAUAUUUCCACUCAUUAAAACAUAGGCCCUAUUUAUAUAUGCCUUUUUGCUCUUGCUGUAGCUACCUCCCCUCGCUGUUCAGCUGUAUAGCUAUAUUUAAGUCCACUCCUAGAACCUUGUUAUUCCAGCUGCGUAACUCCUGUUAAAUUGUCUACUGAAAUGACACCAUGAUUAGAUCAUAACUGAUCCUUCACUUUAUGUUGAAGUCACUUUACUGCUACCCAAGAUGGGUGUGUCCACUUGCUAUAUGUAUUGAAUGCUAAGGAAAGAUUUAACUGAUUGUAUUCAUCUGGCGUGGAAUCCAGAUUAUUCUCCAUGUACACAUUGGACCUACUUUGGUCAGUGUUAUGGCCAAAAAGUAGAAAUUGUAGUUCUGAUUGAAAAAUUCAAAUUCCCCACCCCUGCCUAAUAAUGUAGGUAUCAGCUCGCUGCAUUCAUGUAAUGGUUGCCGCGUCAUUUAUCCAUUGUCCCUCAGCAGUAGAAAUGAGUUGUAAUGAAAUUACUGAAGAAGAUUGUGCUUAAUGUUUGCACAACUUGCACAAUUUUCACUACAGGGAAUGUAGUAUGAACUUUCAGAUUUGUGUUAUUUGAAAUUAUUCAGUCACUUAAAGUAAAUACUUAACCUGCAAAAUGAGCAUUUGUCUAUCAGUUUGUCACCUAAUGUUGAAUCUGUGAAGAAAACUUGUCUAACGUGGCUCCACAGUGAGCGGAAAAUCCAAAAAGGCAAAUGUUUACUAAUUUGAAGUAAACAGGGUCCGCAUUUAAUAGCAAAACUAUCAAAACACACAACUCCUGCAGUAUAAUCCAAGUCUCAUUUAUCCAGAUAAAUGCUCAGCACUUCCAAAACACAUGUGUUUUCGCCAAAACAUUACAAUUUAAACAUGACAAACAGUUUCAUGCAUGUCAAAGUAGCACACCUAGGCACACACACAUGCAUUUGAACUUAAGCAGAGGUCAUACACAUGCAUAGGCGGAAGUGCUGAGCAUACGACUGGAUAAAUCAGACUUGGAUCAUACUUGCACACAUUAUGUGAGAGUUUGUAAAGGGCUGUUUUGGUAUAGUUUCAAACGCAGAACCCUUUUACUCCAAUUCAUGAAGGUUUGCCUUUUUUGGAUUCUCCAUUCAACAUAGGGGCAUGCAAGAAAAACGAAGGUCUCUUCAUGAAUUCAAACAUUUUGAGAGUAACUGAUGAUACAGAUGAUCAUUAUGUGGGUGAAGUAUUUCUUUAUUAAUGUAGCUCUUGUAGCUGCAGUUUUAUAGUGCUUUGUUCUUCUUGGAAGAUGCACAGGUUUUGGGUAAACAACAAUGUGAUUAGAGCCCCUCUUAUUGAUUGAAACUCAAAGUUUUAUUAGGGCUUAUGAAAGACAAUGCACACAGAAAUGAGGUGCUUCUGUUUCCAGUUUUAUUAGUUUUGCAUCUGUGCCUUUCUUUUUUGUUUUUAUUCCAGGCUUUCCUUUACUCAUUCCUAUAUAUGUGUAUUUCUGUUUUUUCGUAGUCAGUCAGUGCUCUAAGGCUACUAAUUUCACUUGCACAAUAACAACAAACACAUAAGCUAUCAACCUGUUCAGUCUGUAAAGGUUGAGAUCUGGGAGCUUUAUUUAAUUUUGCUCAUCAUAUUGUAGAAUUUUAGGAAGAAAUAGCACCAAGUUUCGUUCUCAGACUUUUAUCUGCGGACGAAACGAAAUAGCGUUUUCAUUGACUGUGCUGCAGUAUGUGUAUAUGAGUACAAAAUCAUGUUUCAGAUAUUUGUAGUUUUGAUCACCUGUUUGCUAGAAUUCAGUCGUGAGCCGCGUCUGUCCAGGCCUUGUUGAAAAAAUGUGACCGAGUGAGGUGUCAUCUGUACUUCAUCACACUGUCAUUUUCCAUGUGUACAUGUACGCGUGAUGUCUUAGGUGCUAUUGUGUUAAACACUGUUUUUAUAGGCGCCAUCAAAUUAGGGUCGAAAAAUUGAUGUUGAGCUCCCUCUUGUUAUAAUUUUAUGGACAAUCAGGAACAGACGGCACCCACAUUAAUCAUCAAAUGCUUUAUUUUUUUUCUCUUUGAACAUUCCCACUAGAAUGUAUAGAAGAUAUCCUGCUGUAAAUACAUUGUAUAUUUUUAUGUUCUGAGAAGUACUGUUAGAUCUCGGUGUCAAUAGAGAGACAAGGCUUGUGCAAGAGACACUUCUUGUCAGCGGAAGGCACAUUAAUUUGUUUUUUUUUUUCCUCCAGCAUUUAUUACAUUCAACAAUGAAUCCGUUUCACUUGCUGACAAGAUGUGGCUUUCUGAGGUUUGUAUAUAUCUAACCACUUUUAUCAGAAGAAAAUUUACACUUUUUUUUGUUUUGUUUUACAGUUUUAUUGAUGACUGGUUAAAGUGAAUUUCCAUUAUGUUUUGUAAGUUAAUUCCUCUGAUUGUGCAUUAUGAUGGGAUUUACUGUACACAGAUGUUGGUAGUAAGAAGCCCCCACCUCCAGAAAAUGUUCUUUGUUCUUCUGCUUUUCACUUUGAAGUAAUACUGCAUCUGAAAUCAGUCUUUUAAGCAUCAAGAAUUUAAGCUCAGCAGCUGUGGUCAGCUUGAAUUCAUGUCUUUGGGUGGAGUACAGCUCAAAAGUGUUGUGGCUGAAAUAUUUCACUUGCUGCCCAUUUCAAUUUAAGCAAUUAUUGAAAGCACAGUACAGAUGAGUAGUUCUGCAUCAGUGAAAUGUGUUCUAUGAGUUGUUUAUGGAGACAUUUAAAUUCAGUUAAGCAAUUUGAGAUGCAGAACUGAUGGAGAUUCAUGAAUAAUAUCAGCAGUACUAUGGGUUUUUUUCCUUUUUAAAUAACUAUUGUCAGUAACCUGGCCAUAAGUGUCCUUGUAUAAGCUAGAGAAAAAAAAACGUUUUGUGUAAAAAGAUACGAAUUAUUGAAUUUUUUGAUAAAAACUAUUUUUGAAACAUGUCAUUUAAGGCACUGAUAUGUACAGUAUAUCAUAUGCAGUCACUAUUGCUACCCUCAUUUAUCUCUGUACAAGUCGUUUGUGUCAAGAUCUUUCAAUUGCCGGCGGGAAUCUCCCUCUCUGACCUUCGGCGUUUUCAUACUUUUAAAAAGGACUUGACGAGGAAGCGGCGCAGCUUCGCUGUAAGGUUGAUCUUAAGUUAGACAGUAAGGUUUAUUUGCAUGGUCUCUGACUUGUUGGGUCGAGUGAACUUGUUUUAUGAAUAAUGUGCAGCUUUAAUUGUAGCUGAUUAAUUUCAGUCAAGUAACCCAUAUGAUUAGAGUUUUGCAAUAUACUAUGAUUUGUAAACAAUCUGAUUCAAUUGUUGUUUUGAUUGUUGUGUGUCAUGUCCUUAUAAAUAAAUAAUUCACAGUA